AUGUAUAUAAUUUUACCCGAGCAACGAAAUGGGCUUGUUAAACUUAUAGCGAAGGUGAGUUCUAAUCCAGCUAGUUUUCUGCGUAAACAUGUCCCAAGCAGUCCGAGUUUGGUGAGUACGGGUGAAUUUAAGGUUCCGAAAUUUAAAAUCCUUUUUGAUAUUGAAGCAUCAAGAGUACUCAAGAAACAACAUAUGGUUUUUCCUUUUAAUAAACGCAAUGCGGAGCUGACGGACAUGGCACAUAUCGACGGAACUAGUAAAGAUGAUAAGCUUCAUGAAGUUGAUGAAGAAGGACCUAAAGCUGCCGCUUCUACUGCUGUUUUGGGGCGUUUGGCUUGCAGAACAAGCACGUCCUCCUCCUCCUGUCGAUUUUGUGGCAGAUCAUCCUUCAUUGUUCAUUAUAAGACAGGAGAAAAGUGGUAUGGUAUUGUUCAUGGGACAUUGGGACAUGUCCUUCAUUCUAUGUUAAAUUCGUGCGAUGAAGACACAUGUGAUUAUCUCCGUAUAGUUUCAUUUAGUAGUUAUGAACAUCCAAAAUUUUCCUCUAUGGCAUAA